UGUUAUAAAAGCCUUCUAGAGGAAGAGGAAGUAUAGGCCUAUGUGACAAUACUUCCUCAUUUAUGUUUAGUAAUUUGUCAAAGUAUGGCGACUAUGUAUUUCACCCUUUCUAUUCUACUAACUCUACUCCAUCAUUCAGAGCCCAGUGCUGAGACCUCUGUGUUUGUGUUGAAGGGACAGGAUGUUCACCUGAAUGUCCAGACAAAUGUUACACUGAAAGAUUUUGAUGUGCUAUUUUGGAAGUUUAACACAUCAGUCAAUGUUGUUAAGUUCCCCCCAAAAGUUACCUUUGAAAGGUACCAAGGUAGGGCUGAAUUGAUUGUGGGAGACUUCUCUCUGCUACUGAAGAACCUACAGGAAGGAGACAGUGGACUUUAUGAAGCAGUAGUGAGUGGUAACAAUGACAGAAACAUUGCUAAAUACUUGAUAAAAGUCCAAGAGAGAGUUGAGCCUCCAGUCCUGACAGUGAACUCUGUCUCCUCCAUCAAUGGCACCUGUAACAUGACUGUGACCUGCAGAGGUCAGAACACCUCUGUCACCUCCAGCUGUAACAGCAGCACCUGCUCUCAGGUGGGAGGAAAGAGUAGAGGGGCUGAGACCUCCACUGUCCCCCUGCUCUCUGUCUAUGUGGCAGGGGGUUCCAUCAUCUGUAACCACAGCAACCAAGUCAGCUGGGCCAACGACACCAAGGAAAUCAAAAUAAUUUGUGCAUCUAAUUCUGAUCAAGAAGACAACACCUACCAUGUCAUACUCAUUCUCACAGUCUGUGGCAUUGCCAUCAUCAUCAUCAUCAUCCUAAUUGUUUUGAUUGUUUUGAUUCGGCAGAAGCAAAAUGGAGGUGACAUAAAGGAUAUUAUAAACACCGAUUAUGCUACAGAUGGGACUCCAGAUAACAGUCAAGCAGGCGGUGAACAGCAGAUGUCUCCAGGUCCAGCAUCACCCACCAUCUACAGUAUUGGGGGACGUCCCCAACCCCAGCCUGUGAACCACCAGCCCCUGCCUGUAGACCUCCCCAUGACUACCAUGGCCCCCAUGACCUCCAUGCCUGAGAGUUUAUAUGCUAUGGUGGGGAAAAAGACUAGCCAACAAUAAUCAGGAAUUUGAACAUCAUUUUAGGCCGGGAUUCUAUUCAAUCCUUUUAAAGGCAAUGUUCCCAUGUUCGUGUAACAACCAAAUAAAAAUGGUCACACGCUUCGUAAACAACAGGUGUAGACUAACAGUGAAAUGCUGACUUACGGGCCCUUCCUGUCACGUCUGCUCCCUCUCAAGCCACUAGGUCACCAGUCUGCUUUCUAUGGCGCACACCUGUCACCAUUGUUACACGCAUCAGCUCAUUAUGACACUCACCUGGGCUCCAUCACCUCCUUGAUUACCUGCCUUAUAAAUGUCACUUCCUUUGGUUCCUUCCCCAGGCGUCAUUGUUGCAGUUUCUGUUUUCUGUCUGUGCCGUGGAAGAAUCAGAAUUUGUUGGUAACAUAUGUAAGAUGUUUUAUAUUCAUCAAAUGUGUGUAAGUUACUUCUCAUCAGAAUGGUAUUUUUGUAUAAUACUGUGGCGAGGUUGCAGUUAUCUGUUCUAUGUCAAGACUAAGUUGCAUGGGCCGCAGAGAGGGGAGAGGUCAAAGUGUCAUCAUGUGUAAACAUAUCUUUUGCUCCACAAUGUCUGUGUGCCAGUCAGGGUGUCUCUGUGAUCUUGUCCAGGAUUGGUUGUAUUUAGAAUUGGUUGUAUCUAAAUGACAAUUUGAUAUAUGCCUGUUGAUAUGGAGGAUUGGUUUAUGGUUCUGAGGUUGAGAGAGGAGACAAAGCUGAACAAUGAAUUAUGCCGAUGCUGUCUUAUCCUGUGUAUCUUUGCUAUAAAGGAUCCCAUUUGCCAUUGUGUUGGGACUCUCAACUUUUCAUUAGAGAUACUGAACUGUUGAAACUCAAAAGGCUAUUGCAAUGUGGAAGGGGCUCUCAAAGAAUUAAUUGAGACACUGAAUUACCUGAGAGUCACAGGAUUGUGAUAGAGCUGAUAUAAUUAAAGAUGGACUUUUAUAACUAA